ACUGGAGGAGUCUGCACUGAAAGGAGAGCAGUCAUGGAGGAAAGGCCUACAUAACUAACAGAAAGGUUCAGAAAAGAGAAGGGAGCAGUUUGAGCAUCAGCAUCUUUGAAUAAGGAAGGAGAAGCUGGAUUGGCUGCAGCAUGAGCUCCAGGUGAUGGAAGACACAUUUCUUAGCUGGCUUGCUUUGAGAACUGAUGCCUGAACCACCUCAGCAUGGCCAAUAGAAGAGGAGGUGGGCAUGGCCCGCCUCCCUCUGUGACGCCUUCCUGGUUUAGCCCUCGAAGUCUUACCACCAAUAGGACUUGCACCCAUAAUAUAUGCAUGGUGUCUGACUUUUUCUACCCAAACAUGGGAGGUGUGGAAAGCCACAUUUACCAGCUCACUCAGUGCCUCAUUGAGAGGGGGCACAAGGUUAUAAUUAUCACCCAUGCUUAUGGAAAUCGAAAAGGCAUCCGUUAUCUCACCAAUGGCCUCAAAGUUUAUUAUUUGCCUCUGAGAGUCAUGUACAACCAAUCUACAGCCACGACCCUGUUUCACAGUCUGCCAUUGCUCAGGUACAUAUUUGUUCGGGAGAGAGUUACGAUAAUCCAUUCCCACAGCUGUUUUUCUGCCAUGGCCCAUGAUGCUGUCUUCCACGCCAAGACAAUGGGGCUUCAGACAGUCUUCACGGACCAUUCCCUUUUUGGAUUUGCUGAUGUCAGCGCUGUGCUUACAAACAAGCUUCUAACUGUGUCUCUUGGGGACACAGACCACAUCCUUUGUGUCUCUUACACCAGUAAGGAAAACACUGCACUAAGAGCAGCACUGAAUCCUGAAAGAGUGUCCAUCAUUCCUAACGCUGUAGAUCCUACUGACUUCACUCCAGGACCAUUUAGGACUAUUGUUGUUGUCAGCAGACUUGUAUACAGAAAAGGGACUGAUUUGCUUAGUGGCAUAAUACCUAAACUCUGUCAGAAGUACCAAGAAUUACAUUUCCUAAUUGGAGGAGAGGGACCAAAGAGAAUCGUCUUGGAAGAAGUACGGGAAAGAUACCAACUACAUGACAGGGUUCCACUUUUGGGAGCUUUAGAACACAAGGAUGUCAGAAAUGUCUUAGUUCAAGGACACAUUUUUCUUAACACCUCCCUCACUGAAGCCUUCUGCAUGGCAAUCGUGGAAGCCGCCAGCUGUGGUUUGCAGGUCGUCAGCACAAAGGUUGGUGGGAUUCCUGAAGUUCUUCCGGAAAAUCUUAUUAUUUUAUGUGAGCCUUCAGUAAAGUCUCUGUGUGAAGGCCUGGAAAAAGCUAUUUUCCAAGUGAAGUUGGGGACAUUGCCAGCUCCAGAAAACAUCCACAAUAUAGUAAAGACUUUCUACACCUGGCGGAAUGUGGCAGAGAGGACUGAAAAAGUAUAUUGGCGAGUGUCGAAGGAAACUGUGCUGCCAAUGCACAAGAGAUUGAACAGGCUCAUCUCUCAUUGUGGCCCAGUGACAGGCUACAUUUUUGCUUUGCUGGCUGUGUUUAGCUAUCUCUUCCUCGUUUUCCUGCAGUGGAUGACUCCAGACUCUAUCAUUGGUGUUGCAAUAGAUGCUACUGGGCCCAGGGGAGCCUGGACUCAUCAAUGUCCUCCCAAUAAGAACAGAGAUGAAAAUGAUACGGUAUCUAAAAGCAGGUAGAAGCAAGCCCAAGGUAACAAGUCAUACACACUUGCUAUAGUCCGGUUAGCAUUUGAAAAUAAUUUUGCUCUUUAGU